AUGCUACUGACUCCAGCUUAUCAAACUCUGUAUUCUUUACAGGAGCCCGAACUCACAGCUUGGCCAUUCAGCAUGAGCGCCUUUGAACAAAUGGAAAAGGACUUACAGAGAGACCUGAACCAAAUGAGAAGGGCGAUUAGUUUUAUAAAUGAUAUCUUUCAGCAACAGUCUGAGGUUGUCCGGAGGAAAAGAAAACUUCCUAUGGACAAACUACAAAUGGAUGACAUCGAUCAGCGACAGUCUGAGGUUGUCCAGAGGAAAAGAAAACCUCCUACGGACAAGAUACAAAACAGAAGGGGAAAAAGUGAUGGCAUCAAAAUAAAAAACAAUGAGACGGGCUUCUCACUGUCUCUGGAUGUUAAACAGUUUUCCCCAGAAGAACUGACAGUGAAAGUAGCUGGUAGAAAAGUCACAGUGGAAGGAAAACAUGAAGAGAAACGUGAGGACGGUGAGACAGUCUUCUCCUAUGAAUGCAGUCACUUUAAGAAGGAAGUCCUGUUACCAGAGGAUGUGAAUUCUGAAGAAGUAACUUGUUUGCUGUCCCACAAUGGUGAGCUUGUCAUUGCAGCCCCACGACUGUCCUCACCAGCUGUGACAGGUAGAGACAUUCCCAUCUCUAUCACCACAGACACAAGCAGUGGAAAGGAAGAUGAAAAUGAGAAUGCAGAUAAAACGGACAAUAACAAAAAGCAAGAAAUCUCUUCAAAUGAGGGAAAUGAGGUUCCAGCUGCACAUACUGCCUAA